ACGUAUUACUUCUGUGUAAAGCAACAAGCUGUUAGGGAGUUUUCUAAGAAGAUUAAAUGGUACUAAGAACCACAAGAUGGGAGCACAUGAACAACAACCGAGGCUUUAAAUUAAACCACUACUCUAAAUACCACUGACUAAAUAUCUGACAGAAAAAGAGAGAGAGAGAGCAGAAACUGAUGACUUUGUCUGUGAUGUGUAUCCAUAGCACUGGAAAACCUUCAACAAGAUGUUUCAUGUAACACUUUAAGUGUUUAAAUGUAAAGCUUAUGUAAGACAGCAGCAGUAUUAUCUUCUCUUUGUUUAUAUACACUGGUUGUCCAGUUUUCCUUUGCCAAGGAGCUAUAGUAGUUCUGCUAACCCACAAUGUCAGUGGGACAGCUUUCAAGAAUAAGUAUGGUCGACGCGCCACUGUUUAGAAGUAGUCCUAAUCUUCCUCACACCUGCCACUGCCGUGCCAAGCUAUAAAUACGGGGUCAUAAGAAGAUCCACCAUGUUGGAUAGUGAUCCUGGCUCACAGGAUGCCAAGGCAAAGGUUUACAGUACGUGCUUAACUAAUACUCCCAGUACAGCGACAACAGUAGUGAAAGGACGACCUGUUUUCUUAAUUUAGAGUGAAGAAACUGUUUUAAUGAAAUGGAUGAGAAGUAACCUGAAGGAAUACCUCACAAUCUGAUCUGGGAUAUCAUCAGAAAAAGAGAGAGAAGCUGCCUUUCUACUUAACGAGUCUCUGCUGGGUUUACUUGGGAGCUGAUGUUUCAUCAGGUUUUGAUAUGAAAGUUCAAGAAACCUUGGAGGUUUUUACCACCAUAGCCUGAACUGUGCUACCACAUCUGUUCAUGCCGGAACAGUACAAAUCAACACUUCUGACAUGUUGAUGCCUGUGAUUUCCAUGCAGCUCAUUUCAAAACCUGACUCCCACUUCGAAAGGACUUCAGUGUUUCCCAAGUAAACAGGACUGAAUUUGAAUUUGCAAAUGGAGCCCUAAUGUUGUAUCAUUCACACUUCAGAGUGGAGCCAUUUGAAUGCCUUGCUGAGACCCCCAAACAGUCAGGACUGUGAUAGGAUUGAUGUUUCUAUGUAGUGUGUGUGCGAGUGCAGUGCAGCGUUGGAUCCAUCGUGGAACCACCACGGUCCGCCGGGGCGCCCAGCCUUCGGGCCGGAGACGCUCCAGACCAGCAACUACUCUCUGGUGUUACUGAUUCAGCUCAGCCUGCUCUCCUUCGACCUGUUUGUCAACUCCUUCAGCGAGCUGCUGAGGGCUGAACCGGCUGUCCAGCUGGUACUUUUCAUAAUCCAGGACAUUGCCAUCCUGUUCAACCUGAUCAUCAUUCUGUUGAUGCUGUUUAACACCUACGUGUUCCAGAUCGGCCUGGUCGCCAUAUUGCUGGAGCGAUUUAGAGCUCUGCUAAUGCUCUCUGCUCUCUAUCUGACCUUCAGUAUCAUACUCCACUCCUGGCUUAUGAAUCUACGUUGGCUGAAUACCAACAGAUUUAUUUGGACAGACGGCCUUCAGGUGCUGUUUGUGUUCCAGAGAGUUGCCUCUGUGUUGUACUACUACUUGUACAAGAGGACCUCAGAGUAUCUGGGCGACCCUCGUCUCUACGAGGAUUCACCGUGGCUGCGAGAACUGUUCGCUCGGGCCAGACAGUGAUCUCACGGCAAAAAACAGCACACGAUGCCACAGAGGCCAGGACUACUGUCAAAAAGGGCACAAUAAAAAAAUGUCCUAUAUGGACAGCAAAGAUUUCACAAUAAAAUGUGCAUUUGAAAAUCCAUACAAUGGGAAAUAAAUUGACCACUUCAAUACAGUAUUUUUUAAUAAUAAUUAAAUCAGUUACAUUUUGGGAACACUAAUUUCCAAAUUCAAAAGAAAAGAAAGAAAAACAUUUAGGCCUAAAAUGCAUUUCUUGCAAUACAUGCAAAAUAUGUAUUUCACUUAACAUUUCUUUCCAAUGCAGGAAGGAUUGUGCCAAAAUCUGGUAGAUGUUUUAAAACAACGUCUCAUCAGGUAAAAAUGACAUGAAAAGAGAGAUAAUGAUUUAAAAUAUUCUGUUGAUACCAGUCACCACAUGCCCUUUUUCUUUUCUUUAUUUUUUAAAAGACUAUAUUGCAGUUGUUUUAUAUACAUUUGAGAUUUGUGUUGCUUUGACUUUGUUUAUGUCGAUUUUGAACAGGGUUUAAUGUUAUUAUGGCUCUGACAGUUACUGAUCUCCACUGUCUGUAAAAUCUGACCCAUCGUGUGCAUCUGAGCUGGCCUGGUUUCAUUUUCACAAAUGCUUAAAAUACAAUAAAAAAUGUCUUUUAAAA